UGGGUCCUCAGUAAGGACAAGUGGACCUGGUCCUCUCCUCUUCACCUGGGGCCAGGGCUGCAGAAUGCUCAGUCCUGUCACCCCAUACAGUCUAUUGAAGAUGCACUGGUCUCCGGAGCACGGCGCCCCUUUAUCUCAGUGGCCUGAGCAGCACUUAGAUGUGACAUCCACCACCUCCCCACAGUCUGCCCACAAACAAGACCCCUACAGUACUGCUGCCCGGCGCACCUAUGCCCCUGCUGGGUAUCCUUGGGCCAGUGACGACAUAUCUGCUCUUACAGCUUCUUCGCUGCUCAAGCGAUAUGCGGAGAAGUACUCAGGUCUGGAGUUGUCAUAUGAACGCCCUGCUACAGGCGCCUACUCUGAGUCUGGAAGUUUCCUAAAAACUGAAACCGAGCCCUGGGCUCUGAGCCAAGGCAUGGAUUGCUACCCCGGACUUGAGGCACUAACUGGCUCCAAAGUGGGGUCUGCCUCUGUAGGAAUCCCGGCCACAGGAAGUGUAACAUUAGUGAGUAGUAACUUGGUCACGGAACCAGGCUAUGGUGGCACUACGUCCUGCAGUGCCCCAUCAUCUCAGGAAUACCCUCCUGCCUACAACAGCACCUAUCUGUCGCCUGGAUACUGCCCUCAGCCCAGUGCAGCACUUCCACCUGCCCCUCUGCACACCUUGCAGGCAACCCCUACUCUAGUGCCAAGCUACAGCACCAGCACUCCAGUCUACAACUACCCACCGGGUUGCUACCCCCAAACGAGCCUUUCUUCUGGAUACAGCCACCCCAGUGCCUCCUAUCUUCCCUCAGGAAUUAGCGCUCCCACACCUCUACCCCCUCGGCCUACCGUGGUCGGAGGUAGUUAUAGUUACCCAUGUCACAACCUUGGAGGGAGCGCUGAUGGAGGUCUUAAACGCAAGGCCUUUGAGAUGACAGAUGAAGUACAGGAGGAGGUAGAAGCAGAGGGAUCACGCUACAAAAAGUAUGGCAAUGGUCCAGGAAACAGUCACAGCAAAGGUAACGGUAAUAGCCAGGCCAAUGGCUAUGAUGUUAGCCGUCCUGCCAAUGACCAGCAGACCUACAAACCUGGAAAGCCCCUGAUUUCACCUCCAUACAACAGGGCAGGGAACUAUAGCCCACCGUCAGGCCUUGCCGGGGAAAGCGUAACAGGGGAGCACAGCUUUUCUCAGCAGCAAAGAAUGUCUGUGAAGAUACCUGCAUCUCACACACGAGCUGAGGACACCACUGGUGGCCACUGAUGAUCCCUAUCAACGUCAGGGAGGAGUACCUAAAGACUGAGGGGUUCUGGAACGACACUGACUUGUUCUGCAAAAGGCGGAAUCUCUCUGGCAAACACAAGAGGGCACAAGACUUCUAUUUCUUGUGGAUGUCCAUCAUUUGUCUCUCCUCAUAUUUUUCCAAAGAUUCACAAGUGUUAGGUUGAGAUAUUCUCUGCAUAGACAGUCUAGAUAUCAGAGUGUCUUUUUCUCUCAGGAUCUUAUCUAUUUCCUUUUGGCUACUUGGUGUGGUUUAAGAAGUUGGUGUAUUAAUUUGUGGCCAUUAUUUGUGUAAAAAGACCUUUGACUGCAAAAAUGCUCUUUGGCACCACAAAAAGACCAAAAAGGAAAGCAAGCAAUAACUAAAAUGUUGAGAUUGCCGUUCUACUUUAGCAUCAUCACUGAUAAAUCUGACUGCAGGCCUUGGUGUGUCAUUGGGCCUUGGGAGAUUAAUAUCAUAAUUUUCUCUCCACCUCCUUUUGCAUUUGUGUCCUAUUGUGGAGACCUAUUUUUUUCUGCUUAAUAAUUAUCAAUGCUGAACAGUUUAAAUAUGCAUACAGUGCUGUGAUAAAAUAUUUGUUUCAGAUUUCUUCUAGUUUUACAUUCAGGUCAAUUAAACUGUAAAUAGCACAAUAACAAUUUCAAAAUGUUGAUUUCAUUCAUUACAGAAAAACUAAAACCAACUUGAUCUUUUCUGAAAAACUAAUCCUCCAUCACCUUUUUUUACAAUCAAUGAAUUUGGUUUAAUUCAGUCACAUUGUAGUGCUUUAGAGCUUGUAGGCUCUGUUUUAGGUAGUGCCACAGCAUUUCAAUAAGAUUCAAGUCUGGACCCCAAUUAAGUCACUCUAUCGUAUCAUUUUGUCAGCCUUUUUGACAGUGUGCUUUGGAUCACUGUCCUGAAGAAAAACUAAAAUGCACUUGAUCUGAAGGUUCCAACCUGACAGCUGGGCUUUCUCCUUCAGGAUGUAUUGCUGGAUUGCAGAGUUCAUGGCUCCAUCAAUUAUAGCAUGAUGGUUGGUCGUGCUAUAAUGACCAACUAUCACACCACUGUGCUUGACUGCUGGUAUUAUAAUGUUCUUUGUAAGACUCACUUUAUAAAGGUUCCACUUUCUUCUCCUCUGUGACCAGAAUAUUCCCCAGUUUUGUGGAUUAGCAAUCUGAUAUUUUUGGAAGUUUUGACUUUUUUUUUUUUAAUUAUCCAGUUCUUUUCUUAACUUAACUUAUGAACCUUUAGAUGCUGUUUUGGUGAAUCGUUGAUGCAUUUGGAGUAGUUUUGGUAGGUUAGCAAUUCCCUGGAAGGUGGGGUACUUUUCACUGUUUUCUCUAUGGUUGAUGAUGACACACUGUGUGUUCCUGGAGUCCGAAGGCCUUUUGUUUCCCAUCCGUACCUGAAUUUCUUUAGAAGUUUCGUUAGAAAUUCAGUAUUCAUGUCCUCAUACAGAUUCUUCUUAACUGAUUACUUGAUUGUACUGGUCUGGUUCUAACUGGAGAAAUUGAACCAGUAAUAGUGGAUAAUCAUUCUUAAUUAAUAGGUUAACAAAAGGGGAUACAUUGAUUUUUACAUAGGCCCAGGUUGAUUUGGACAACUUGCUAUAAUAAAUGAAAUCUUCAUCAAAUCAUUAUUCUGAAUUUACUCUGUUUAUGUUUGAUUAAUAUUUGAACUAUUCAAGGAGAAAUACUUUUUCAUAGCACUGUAUAAAAAUAACUCCAGCAAUACAUAAAGUCACUGUUUAAGCUUAAUUCUAUUACCAAUGAUUUAAGAUUUUAUUUUCAUUCGAAUGUAUUUAGCAUUCAGAAAAAUUGCUAAACACAAAUAUCUGUAGGAUGUCUUCUAAUGGUGCAGUUACCAGGCACAUUUGUGGUAAACUUAAGAAAACAUUAAUUAGCAUCCAGUUUAACAUCCAACAAAGAUCGUUUGUUGUUUGGAUGCUCUUCAUGCAGGUUCCAGCGCCUCAAACUCUUUCUGCUCAACAUUAUAGUCUUUAUGAAGAAUUGCCUGCUUAUCUGCUUUGAUUUACUCUUUUUAAUAUGCAAUCUCUUUACUUAACCCUAUUAGAAGGACGAUUUAUAGACAUGUUAUUGAAAAACUCAGGAAGAAUAUUGUUACCUCAGAAAGAUAAAAGUAAGAAUGUAUGUUAUAACCUUAGGGUGUUGCUAGCGAGCAAGAUGGUGAAAGAAAACAGAGCCAUGGCUAAAAACUUCAGGGAAACCACACACGUUCAUGCCUUCAAUAAUAUAAAAUGUCAGCAUGCUCGCACAAUUGCACACGUAGGCAAACACAAUCCCAUCCGUUUUAUUGCUCUGGGAAACUUGAAGUUUUCUUACCAAGGCCCGAAAUGUUGAAUGUAAUUCAGAUUUUUUUUUAAGGACAAUACAUGCCAUAAUGUACAUCAGUGAUGUUUUUUUUAGAUAUAUAAAGCAUAUUUUCUUUGUGUAUAGCUGUAAUUCUCCUAUAGGUUUUGGUGGAAAAGAUGAAUGCUAUGUUAAGUGUUAGUGUAGUUAGUGUUAGGGAAAAAGGUUUUGCAGACCAACUGUCAAAACAAAGCACUCCUGGUAAAAAACAAAAAACAAACAAAAAAAAAGCAUUUCCUUAUAACAUCUACAUCAUGUUGGGAACCUGCUAAAUGUCUUAAUUAGAAGUCAGCAGUUCACUGUAAUUUUUUAUUUUCAAAUCUGAAUCAAAAUCCAUGUUUGAGAAAAUGUUGCCCUAGAAGUUAUUUGGUGAUAUUAUCUUGAGACUUUGCUUUUCUCCUCAAACACUCAGACAUCAGAAUAAAUGCUCGCCCGUAUAUAAAAAAAUAUAUAUAACUUGUGUUAAAAUGUCGCAAACAAAUCCUCUUUAACCAAAGCUCUGUACUAUUUUUAAGAAAAAAAAUAAUGGAUGAAAGCAACUUGACUAGACUUUUAUAAAUUUCAAGCGCUUAGCUGAAAGGACUUAUACGCUCUUCAGUGUCACACAAACUGCAUGUUUUAUAGUAGGAUACGCACUGCAGCAAUUAUUUCAAAUGUUUUGUUUCUCUGAUGCAGAGAAGGAUGUGGAGUCAAAUCUGAACUUCUGUGUUAUCUUUUGAAUUCACUCAUCAUCAUUUCUUCCACAUUCUCCUCAAUGGUUUCUACCUCAUUUUUAAGACAUUGUACAUGGCAGUAUUUAUUUCAUGUCAUUUUUAGAGCAAUGUUUUUUGCUGUUGACCUGUUUAAAUCUACCUCACUACCGACUGUUCUGUCAUGUUUUAUCAGAUGAAAAUACACUAAAACAAAUCAUG